CGCCUUGAGCCCCAUCGAGUGAGGGUGUGUGCCGCGUCUCUCCGUACCCGCUUAUCCUAUUAUUUCGUUUUAUUUGGUGUUUGUGGUGUUUGGAAAGACGUGUUUGUUUGUGCAUUCGUGUGUUUGUGUGUUUGUCGACGCUGGAACACGCCAUGGGAGAGAGCUGGGCGGAGGCUGGCGGUAAUGCCCUUCUUGGACGGAGAUGAGACCGUGUACACCAGACAGCCAGGUGGGCCCACGGCGGUGUAAUGGACUUCCAUGUUGCUGUGCCGGGUCCCUUUACCUACCUGGUGCACGAACACGCCCGCUCCAUCAUCGCCAUACAGGUGACCAUGUGCUGGAGGCGCUGCCCCACCUGCACCACCACUACCACUCCCUGGCGCCCGCCCCCACCCAUGAACCCCCGCCCCCGCCCCGCCCCGCCCCGCCCGCCGCCACCCGGGCAGAGGCCUCGCCCUCCAAGGCAGGUGAGGGGGCGCGGCACCCCCCGCAGCAGCAGCAGCAGCAGCGGGCAGCGAUACCCUCAGGCGGCGGCGGCGGCAACAGCAGCAGCAGCAGCACGGGCGGCGGCAAGAGCCUGAGCGAGACGCACAGCAGCUCUGCCGUGGCCGACUCUGGCUUCAGCACGGACAAGGCUGGCGGCAGCAUGGGCAAGAGCUCCUCGUCCUCGGCGGGGGAGCACCUCUCGGGGGCCGACGACCCCCGCUGGACCUCCGUGGAGCCCGAGGCGCCGCUGGGCUCGGCGGAGGACGAGCUGUGGCAGCUGCUGGACGUGAUCCAGCGCAAGGGGACGCGGCUGCGGAAUGAGCUGGAGCAUUGGCGCAGUGGCGAAGAGAGGCGCUGUGUGCGGGGACGCCGCGCCCACGCCUCGCCUGACCUUCUGAAGCCCGGGCCGCGCCCCCCGCCGCCCCCGCCGCUGCGGGACUACUGGCCGCACUCCCUGCCCGGGCCCACCGCCGCCGACCUGCUGCCGCCGCCGCCGCCGCCGCCCAUGGGCCUGGCGUUGGAGGCGGAGGCGUGGGCGGCGGUGGAGCGGCUGCGGCAGGACCGCCAGUACCUGGUGGGCCGCGUGGGCUGGGCGGAGGCCGAGGCGGCGGCGUCGCACCAGCGGCUGGUGGACCUGCACGGCCAGCUGCUGGCGCUGGCGGGGGACCGGCGGCGGCUGGAGGACCAAGUGCGCGCGUUGCGGCCCACCGCGCCGCCCCCCGCCACCACGGGCGGCGGCGGCGUCAACACCGUCACCAUCACCACGGACCACGCCCCCGCCGCCACCACCACCACACCCGCCUCCUCCAGCCGGGCGCGGCGCCCCGCCCCGGCAGUUACGGUCAGUGUGGCGGGGCAGGAGCUCCCCGACGAGGCCCCGGGCGUCGGGCGGGCGGGGCGGGGGCUGCGCAGCGCCUCCAGCGUGCGGCUCAACGCGGACCGGGAGCGAGACGUGGUGCUGCCCCGCGUGCUCAAGGUGCCCAUCAAGGACCGCACGCCGCGCCCCGCCGCCCCGGCCCCGCCCCAGGACGAGGAGGCAGCGCCAGGAGGUCCGCAGGUCGCAGCAGGGCAGGGGCCAGCAGGAGCAACGACAGGAGUGUGAUCCGAGAUUGCGCGCGAGCGUCGGGCGGGGCGCGCGGACGGCGGCCUCAGCAUGCCCGUCAGCCUGCUCAAGGGCACCAGGCUGCGCGUGGCGCCCAACAAGCAGCGCAUCUCCGCCAUCCUGAGGGAGAAGGACGUGCUGGAGCUGCAGCGGCAACUGCUGACCACAGUCAUGGAGGCAGAGGUACACACACACACACACACACACUUACAUACACAAUUACACACAUACCCCAUGCUUACAUACGUACACAGACAGAAGCUAAAAUACACACUCAAAGGGCUUCCUUACACACACACACACACACACACACAGAUGGUCAGCAGGCGAGGUGGUGCCAAGACUGCUGAGUGGGAGGCCGACCACCGCCAAGCCCUGUCCAACGUCAGCAGCCUCAAGGAGGAGAACAGCAGGCUGAAGCAGCAGCUCGAGGAAGGGGCCGCAGCGAUCGCCUCCGCCACAGCAGCAAAGGCGGUGGAGAGGCGGGAUGUCGGGGUGAGCGCCUGCCCCACCACGGCCAGCACGGGGACGAUAACGGGGCCGGCGGGGGAGGAGGAGGCCACCCACACCGUCCACCCGGGGCCGAACAUCAAAUAUGACGUCGUGGUCCACCAGGAACCGACAUCGGGGCGGAGAAACGGGGCGGGGGCCAUCGUCGAGAAGCCCCCCAGACGGAGCCGUGACCCCCGGACUGCCCCGAGCUCCGGCGUCAACUCCCCCAGCAAUUCCGCCCCGCCUCUACGCGAAACGGCCGAGUCCCCAGUUGGUCGUGACUCCCUGGGGCGUGCGGCUGGGCUUCGGGGCAGACCGGGUGGCCCUCACUCAUCCCGGGGCACUCCGACGGGGACCCCACGCUCAUCCCCCGCCCCGAGUAUCACCCCGAGGAUAUGCACGAGUCGCCCCACCCCCCAGGACACCCCCCGCGGUCCCCCCUUGAGUCGCAGCAGUAGCGGAGCGGGUGGAAGAGUCACCCUCAGUAGGCGAGACUCCCUGAAGGCGGCCCAAGCGAAGGGGGGGGUCACGGGGGGGGGGAAGGGGAACAGCGGGGGCGGGGGAGUGGCGGCCGGACAGCAGAAGGUUGCCCCGCCACGCAGCGCUGACCAAGGUGGUGUCUGCCAGCCCCGCCCCAUGAGGGAGGCCCCGCGCCCCCACACAUCGCCCCGCUCCUCGCCCCGGCCGCCCCUCACCUUGGCUGACCUGAGAACACCCUCCCCGUCCCCUGCCCCGAUGCGACACCUCGGGGCUAAAAAUCACCCGCCCCGUAAGGAAGGCGGUCGGGUCGUGGGUGGCAUAGGAUCCGGGGCCAUGCGAACUUCUUCCCCCGGGGCCAAGCGGAGCACGGACUCACCCCGAACGCUGCGCCUGUCCCACCUCGCCCCGGCCCCCGCCCCGGCAUCCCCCUCCCCCCCUGCCUCAUGCAGCAGCUUCUACGACAGCAUCAACUCGGAGGGACCGCCCCGCAGCUCCAGCCCCAACGCUGCCCCGGAUAGACUCAUGCAGGUGGAGGUGGCCUUUGAGUGGAGCCCUGUCAGCCCCAGCCUUGCCCCGCGCUGGCCUCCAUCUCCCUCCCCCGGCCCCGCCAGCACCGACCCACCCCAGCCAUGGCCCCCUGAUUCCCUAGAGGGGGUGGGUCUCGGGGCGACACCGGGUCUAGGUUUUGAGGCGUCGGGGCGUGUGAGGAGCCAGCUGGCGGCUAUGAACGGGGCAGCUGAGCGGGGCAUUAGACUAGCGGGGCGCCCCAGAGGUGUGGGCGCCCCAACCCGCCGCUCGGAGCAGGAUCUCAACAGCCGGGUCCAUCAGAUCUUAGCAAGGAUAGCAUCGGGGGGGCACUGACUCGCCUUGCCCCAUCCUGCCCCAUACCAUUCUGACCUAUCAUGACCCAUCCUGCCUUGCCCUGCCCCAUACCAUUCUGACCUAUCAUGACCCAUCCUGCCUUGCCCUGCCCCGCCUUACUCCAUCCUGCCCCAUACCACUCUGACCUAUCAUGACCCACCCUGCCCCGCCCCGCCCCGCCUUGACCACACACCCAAGAUAUUGUCCAAAGAAAUCUAGGUUAAUAUUGAACCUUCCAUGACAUGACAUUCUAAGGCAGCCAACACAGCUAUUGUCAUUAUUAUUAUUAUUAUUAUUAUUAUUAUUAUUAUUAUUAUUAUUAUUGUUGUUGUUUAUUCUCUCUGUUUUGGGUUAGUCUCUCACUCUUUCUCUUUCUUUUCUCUCACUCUCUCUCUCUUUCUCUUCCCUCUCUCUCACUCUCUCCUUCUCUUUCUCUUCUCUCACUCUCUUUCUCUUUCUCUCUCUCUCUCUCUCUCUCUUUCUCUCUCUCUCUCUCUCUCUCUCUCUCUCUCUCUCUCUCUCUCUCUCUCUCUCUCUCUCUCUCUCUCUCUCUCUCUCUCUCUCUCUCUCUCUCUCUUUUUUUUCCUCCCUUUUUCUCUCCCUCCCUCCUUUCUCUCCCUCCUCUCUCUUUCCAUUCCUCAUUCUCUCCCUUUCUUUCUCUCCCUCCCUCCUUUCCCUCUCUCUCUUUCCAUUCCUCAUUCUCUCCCUCUCUCUCUCUCCCUACCUCCUUUCUCUCCCUCCUCUCUCUUUCCAUUCCUCAUUUUCUCCCUCUCUUUCUCUCCCUCCUCUUUCUUUCCAUUCCUCACUCUCUCCCUCUCUUUCUCUCCCUACCUCCUUUCUCUCCCUCUCUCUCCAUCUCUUUCCCUCCCUCUCCUCCUCUCUCCUCUCCUCCGGCAAUCACAUUCUCAGUCUCAGUCUGAAGGAAAAUUAAAGUUGGGGGUGCAUGCUACAGCUGCUCACGGCCCCAGCGCUCACCUCCGUCACACUGGCAGAGACCGUGUAGUAUGUCCGUGCCUGCUUGGGUGUAGGCACGAAUCCAUAUGCAGAGCAAGUCAGUCAAACGCGCCGGCGUGAGGGGGUGAGCGAGCCAAACGUAGAAUGAAGAAAAAACAGGGAUAGGAUAGGGAAGGAGAUUUUAACCCACACACACACACACACACACACACACACACACACACACACACACACACACACAUGAUAAACGUAAUUGACUGCUCUUUCGGAAACCUCUUCGGACUCUAUGGGAGCAGCGAGUAGCGGGCUUUUUUUUUAUUGUUUCCUUUUUUUUGUGCCCUUGUGCUGUCUCCUUUGCUGUAAAAACACACACACACACACACACACACACACACACACACACACACACACACAC